GUGAACGACGCGCUCGUCGCGCAGCUCGCCGAGCUCGCGCGCGCGACGCCCGCGCGCGCGUGCGACGUCGCGCCGUCCACCGCGGGACGAUCGGGCGCGAGCGCGGGCGACGGGCUGUUCGCGCGCGGCGCCGUCGCCGCGGGACGCGUCGUCGCGACGUAUCCGGGGCUGACGUACGUCGGCGCGGCGACGCGAUUCAUGAAGGAUUAUCCGCGCGUGACGCGCGAGAACGAAUACCUGAUCGCGCGAAGCGAUGGGAGCGUGAUCGACGCCGAGCCGUGGGGACGGGGCGGUGAGAACGACGACGCGUGGCCGGGCGCGCCGGUGGCGCUGAGCGAGGCGGAGGCGAGACGGGCGGACGGCGCGAGCUGGCUGGAGCGGUUGCGAAAGCCGACGCUGCCGAGGGCGACGCGAGCGCGGUUGGCGAGGGAGUGCGCGACGCUAGAUCGAGGAGAUGAGCUGGCGCUGGCGCACUACGCGAAUCAUCCGCCGAGUGGGACGGCGCCGAACGUCGUCGUGGCGUCGGUGGACGUGCCGAGGGACUCGGACGCGCGGAGGCGCACGCAAAACGUAAACGUGGAGUGCGAGGAGGAGGGGGAGGAGACGGAGAGCGUGUGGUCGAUCGUGCGCGAUGGCGAACGGUCGCUCGUGGAACGCGCGCGAGACGCGUCGUUGGCGAUGUUCGGGGAAGAUGCGGAUAAACCCAGAGCUCGAGGAGGGACGGUUCGGCGAGACGUCGUUCGAGGCUUGGUUUUAGUGUCGACGCGAGACAUCGAGGAUGGGGAGGAGAUUUGGUUGAAUUAUAGAUUAUCGACGCACGUGACGCCGCCGGCGUGGUACGUGCGCGUCGAUCCAGAGGAGGACGAGCGUCGCUGGUCGUUGGAUUAG